CGGAGGCGGAGCUAGGCCUAGCGGGUUGUGAGGGGAGGGAGAGCAAGGGGCGGCGGGUAAACAAGCGGUCUGUGAGGGAUUCGGUGCUGGUUGUAACGUAAAUCUGUCCGAAUAGGCCGGCAUGGAGCGCAGGGUGUUCGGCUCCUUCGCUGGGCACCUACAGCGGGAAGAGAGCAGCCGCCAACGGGCCGGGAUCGGGCGGGACUUCCAGGACUUCCCUUUUUUGCCUGGACACACCCAGCUGAGCAAGAGGGUCUGCAAACGUUUGUACUAUGGCUGGGAGGAUGAUUGCUCCAUGGAGAACUUAUCUAGCCCAGUGACAGAUAUUGCAGUGGAACUGCUUCAGAAGGCUGCCCCAAGUCCCAUCCGCCGCUUGCAGAAGAAAUAUGCUGCUCAUGUGUCCAGGGAAGCCUGCAUUUCUCCUUGCUCCAUGAUGCUGGCCUUGAUUUACAUUGAAAGAAUUCGGAACCGGAACCCUGAAUACCUGCAGCAUAUCUCCUCGUCUGAUCUCUUUCUCAUAUCCAUGAUGGUGGCCAGCAAGUACCUGUACGAUGAAGGCGAGGAAGAGGAGGUGUUUAAUGACGAGUGGGGAGCAGCUGGGAGACUAGAUGUACAGUUUGUCAACUCCUUGGAGAUGAACUUCCUUCAGGCUAUUGACUGGAGUCUGUAUACACAUCCCAGGGAAUUCUUUGAGGUGCUCAGAUGGCUGGAAGGAAGGGUGGCAGAGCAACAGGGUAUGAAGAGGGGCUGGUUCACCUACACAGACUUUUGUGCUCUGCUUGAGCAAGGAUUGUGGCAGAAAGUGUUUAGUGAUUUCUUCCAGCAAGUAACCAAGCUGGCUUGUAUCUUGGGCCUGAUGUACCUUACCGGAGUUGCCACGUUGUUUGCUUCCAUCGCCGUGCUUCACAAGGCCACCUGGGAAAUGAAUGGUACACUAUUGGUUCCUUCUGUUUCUGAUCAAAGCUCAGGUGAACCAGCCCAGCUUCCACUGCUCGUGCCAGCUACUGUUCCAUCAGAGGAGUUCAUCCUACCUCCUGAUUCAGUUCCAUCAUGGUCUGUGGGAGAGGAGUCACUGGAGAAAAGGUCUGGUGUAACAGCCACUGCCUUGUACCUGUGGGGUUCUGUGCUGACAGCGCUCACUUACAGCGAUACAGGAGGGGUUAAUAACGAGGAAUCCCCACCCCCAGACUGGAUUUGCCCUUUCUGUUCUAAACAUAAGGUAUCCACUUUCCAUCCUACCAGCAACAAGCAAAACCACACUCGCUGCAAUUCUAAUUAUCCAACUCUUGGUGCCUUACCUGGACUCUUUCGUUAUGGGUUUCCCCGCACGCUGUUCUGUCGAAACCACCCAACCUCACACUCGAGGGAAAACCCGGACACUUUCCUACCGCAUAGGCCUUUUCCAGAGACUGACUUGGCACAUCCAGACCAGAACAAGUACGCCUUCUGCACCACUGAAUUCUCAAGGUUUAAAUCUUUUAUAGUCCCCGGUUAGUGAAAAGUGGGCUUAUGGGAACAUCCAGGCAGAAAUGACACACACACACCCAGCCUAUUAUUUGGAAGCCAGAAAUAGAAAUAUCUUCUAAAUCAACUGCAUUUCAUAUAUUCUUAUUCUUUAUGUUGAUGCUUUUUAGCGGGUUUUAAAAAAACAAACAAAACAUUUUUUGCUGUAA